UACCCCAUAGAAGAAACGCUUCUAUUUGCUUCUGGUUUGAUUGCUUUCGUCUGCCUGUCGCUUCUGUUCUUCUGUCGAUUGGUUGGGGCUUCCUGGAGGGGAAGUCUUCUGAUUGAACAUGUCGGCUACAAACCCAUCGCAGCUGCUCCCGCUCGAGCUCGUGGACAAAUGUAUCGGCUCCCGAAUUCACAUCGUCAUGAAAACUGACAAAGAAAUCGUCGGCACCCUGCUGGGCUUCGAUGACUUCGUCAACAUGGUCCUGGAGGAUGUGACAGAAUUUGAAAUCACACCAGAGGGGAGGAGGAUAACCAAACUGGACCAGAUCCUCCUCAAUGGCAAUAACAUCACCAUGCUUAUCCCCGGAGGAGAAGGACCAGAAGUAUAAAUGGCUGGAGGCCUGUCGAUGAUGCUGUGUUGCCGUUCCUGAGUUAAAUAUGUAAUUAUUGUAAUUAUUAUUUUGUUUUUUGCUCCUUGAGAGAAAUGAGAGAUAUUUUUUAUAAGAUUCCUCAUUGAUGAGAAUGCACAUUGAUGCACAUGACAAAAAACUUUUCUUUGUUAAAAAUAAAUCUGAGGAUCACAGUCUGAAAAA